AUGGCGGAUGAUGUGGAAAAAGAAAAACAGGAAAGUUGUGAUUUUUCGUCUGCUACGCUGAAUUUGCAUGGUUCAGACACGGAAGUUGUCAUUCGUAGAGAGGUCUUUGAUUCAUGUUCCAAUCUGGAUGAUGAAAAAAAUGAGAAAUCUACCGAAAAAAUCAAUCCCGAUUUGGAGAGCGAGAGUUGGAGAUGGACACCAACGAGUUUUGUAAAUAACUCGGAUGAUCUGGAUAAAGACAGUCAUAUUGAGUCUGUUGUGGACAGAUCUACUUUUUAUAAUGAGAGUGAAAAAUGUAUUAAAAAUGAGGGAUUAGAGAGAACGAGUUCAACUAUGUUCAAUUCUAAGGGAUUAAUUCAGACUGAGACAGUUACAAAAUUAUUGGAAUCACAAGUUACAGAGAGAUCACCAGAUAUGGAAUUUAGAUACUCUGCUAAUGAGAGACUGAGUGCACGAGACGAAGAAACUAGAGUGCUGCAAAGUAAUGACAAUUCCUCUGAAGCAGUGGAGGUCGUGGAACCAAGUAGAAAGUCUCACAAUAAAGUUAAGGAAAGUCCAGUGAUAAAGGAGGAAGCUUCUGAACAGGACCUUCAUGAUGGUGUAAGAAGUAAGUAGGUGGUUUGUUGGUGUCGCAGAUGGUGUGAUACCCACAUAUUGUGAUACAAAAUUUUAGAAGACACUACUAGAUUAUAUCCACACCAUGGAACAGUUCAUAAACAACAAUAAUUUCCACAACACCAAGAAAUACCUGUAUAAUUUGUCAUAAUUUGUUGAAACACUUCUGGAAAACUCAAGAUAAACUUACUCAUUUCAUGAAUACAUAUAUUGCUUCCCUCCCCUUUCAGCAAUGCUGGUUUCACAUGUUUGCUUUGGCACAAACAUUUUCGAGAUCAACAUUGAAUUCGCAAGCAUUUCAACAAUAUUAUGAUGGGAAUGUAGGUUGGCUCUCCUUAUGUCACUUUGGGCACAUUAAGAUGGGUGUAUAUAGAAACAAUGACGAGUUACAACAAUAAAAGGCUUUUUUUUUUCUUCAGGCAAAAUUAAAAGGAUGUCAUGAAAGAAAAAAAAAACAAGUUUUCAUGAAAUGCUAGGUUCUAAUUUAUUCAUUGUUAGUAAAACAAAGAGAGAAUACUACUAGCUACAGGUAGCAACAAAAUUGUUGAGACACUGUCCUUAAUUGGGGUACUUCGAAGCACAAAACAAUCUGCACGCCUCCCCCCUUUGCCCUGCAUUCAAAUUUGAGGUGUUUGUUGUUUGUUACAGGUAGCUCAUACAGUGGCACAACAUUGCUUGAGGCGGAUAGUGUCGGGAAAUUUGCUCCUUUCCCUUUUGAAGUCGGCAAAGUGCAGGCGGGCCCUCUAAUGUACAAUGACUCAAGAAGUGAAAAAAUUGUCAAAUUUCUCAUGCUAGUGUAGUCUUGCUUGAGUUUAUGACUCAUGAUUUCAUUUUAGAACUGUCAUUUAUGAAGUACAUUAUGGCAGAAAUCUCCCGGGGAAAGUAUAUGGAACUUGAAGAAGACAAGUAUACGGAAAAGCGUGAGAAGGUGUACACAUUCAUGAAAAUUCCAAGAGAGUUUGAAAAGGUUAAUAUUCUUCCUUUUGUUUGUUUGUUUUUUGCUUGCUUUUGUUUGUAGAACUUGAAGCACUAUUCUCAGUUUUCUUGGUUUUUUUAUCAUUAUAUGGUUACAAAAUUAAAAGCCUUUUUUAAGGUGAAAGGUUGUGAAUAAAUUAUUCUUAAAAUAAUUGUUAUAUUUUCAUCUUAUAAUUAUACUAAUUACAAUUACAGCAUUAUUGAAACCUAAGUUUUGCUUUUUAAAACAGUUUGCACUCAAAGGAUCGUUUUGGGCUUUCUGUUUUCUUUCAGCUGAUGGUUUUUGGUUUCAUGUUGUGCCUUGACUGUUUUUUGUUCAUGUUUACGUUCCUUCCAUUGCGUUUGAUUGUUGCAUUUUACAAGAUUUUAACUGGACUGCUGUUUUGCAGAACGUGAGUUACAAAAUGAUACAAAGUUUUAUUACAGUCAAACCCCCCUUUACCGACACCUCAUUAUUAUGGACAGUUUGCUAUGUCCCUGGGGAAAGAAAGCCCUUCCAUUUUUCUAAAUUCAACCCACUUAAUAUGGACACCCCAUUAAAGUGGACACUUCCUAUGGCCCCCUCAAUGUUCGUAGUAAUGGGGUUUGACUGUAAUUUAACUGAAUGACACUUGCUUCAAUACUUGUAACAGGGAACUGUUCACAGCACUAAUUGUCAAGAAUUUUUGAUCUCAUAUCAACAUGCCUCGAUUAAACUUAAGGUGUUUAGAAUGCUAUUAUAAUGUUUCUUUCUCAUAUAUUUACCUUUGUUUCUUGUUGAAUUAACUAAAUUUUAAAUUAUCAAAAUCUAGUGGCCUGCACUUUUCUCAGUUAUGCUUUGUCUUAACUUUGUUAUACAGGUCACGAAUGUUGCAACCUGCACAGAUAUGUGACUUACUCAAAGGUAUGGUUCUCAUGUUUAGUUUUUAAAGUGUUGUUGACCUUGCCUUCAUUUUAUAAAUGAUAUUUAUUCAAAAUGUAUAUCCAAGAAAUUUCUCAUCAAGACAUACAGUGUAUAUUCUUCUUUGCAAACGUAAUUCAACUGUGUCCAAAAUAAUGAUAGUUUUCUUUCAGGAUCAAUUGUUGUGAUCUGCUGGGUACUUUUAACUUAUGUGGAUGUUUCUGUUCUUUACCACACUGUGAGAGGACAAUCAGUCAUUAAACUCUAUGUCAUUUACAACAUGCUAGAGGUACAGUGUUUGUAUUGAAGUUACAAAAUCUUGUGCAAUUGCCCUCCGAGGGUUUUUAAAUGACCCCAUUUGAAUCUCAUUUCUUUGAAAUAACAAACACUAAAUCCUUUCUAGACUAAACAGCCUGUGAGGACCAGCGGUAGUUUUAGCCAUAAUAUGUGAGCACCUCACACAAGAAAAAUAAUUAAUUAUUGUGAGAGGAAACAUUGCAAUGACAAGACUUGAAGCUAGAGAUAGAGAUAUUUCGUAUUUGCUGAUUAUAAUAAUAAAGGUGUUUCAGAGCACAAUAAUAAAAUGUUUAUUCUUGUACCCUUAAACACCGUUAUAUACCUACAGUGUAUGUGGUAGUCUCCUUACCCUAUUCUAUACCUCAGCCUGUGAAGUCUCUGCCCUUCUAUAUACUUCAACUAAGCCUGAAAAACAAACCCCUAUCAGGUGAGAUAUCCCUCAAAGGCCACUACAGUGAGUACAGUGGAAUUCCGCCUUACAACCACCCUGUUUAUGCGACCACCUCUUUAUUACGACCAUAUUCUUUCAACCCAAACUUAAAAAUCACAGAGUCAUUUUAUUAUUGUGAAGACUCCAUUAAUGCGACCACCUUGUUAUUACGACGAGAAUUUUAUGUCCCAACAGUGGUCGCAUUAACGGGGUUCCACUGUAUCCCCACCCCUCAAACUUUCGUCUGGGUCUCUUUCCUCUGUUUUAACUAAAAUAAUUAUUGAUAUUUUACAAGUAAACUUUUACUGUCUUGUAGAUAGCAGACAGACUGUUUUCAUCAUUUGGACAAGACAUCUUAGAUGCACUCUUUUGGACGGCAACUGAACCAAAAGAUAGAAGACGUGAACAUAUCGGAAUUAUUCCACAUUUUGUUAUGGCAGUCGUUUAUGUGUGUAUCCUUCAGAUGCGUAGUGAAACUUGCAAUGUUUCUAAACUACUUAAAAGUCGUAGACAAAAUAAUUAAAUCUGCUUGGCAUAUUACAGUUUCAAUUUCUUUGUCAUUGCUAAUUGAUUAUAUUUUGACAUAAUUGUUAAUGCAUUUUCUGUAAAUGUUCAGUUACUGAUGGCACCCUUGUUCUGGAGGCAGAAUUUUUUAGUUUCAAAGGGCAGUCUAAAAUAGAAAUGAUUAUUAAAAUACAUAAGGUCCUCACAUUGAAAAGCAUCUUGGGUUUUAUUUGGUUCUGCAUAAAGUGAAAUCCAACAAAUUUGUGAUAAAUUGUUGAGUGAAAGUCGAAUAGUGUGAUCUUCACCAGAAAGGACGUAUCUUUCUGGUAUAGUUGUUUAGCCUUAACAUGUGAAGUUUUUCAUGCUGUUUUAGUGUUGUUUCAAUCCAUCUGUCUCAAUGUUGCUGUUAAUUCACACAACAAAGCUUUGUUAGUCAUCAUGGUGUCAAACCAGGUAGGUGCACUUGUUAGUAAUACAGUGGAACCCUGUUAAAUUGAACUGUGAAGGUAAACGAAAAACAGUUCAAGUUAGGGAGGGUUCGAGUUAUCAGGGUCCAUUGGAAAAUUCAAUUUGCUGAUGUUUAAAAUAGAUUGUUACUGAUUUUCAGCACUUUAGUGUAUGGUGCAGUACAAAUUUAAGGUAUUUCAUCAGAAACGGUAACAUGAUUAGGUAUUUUUUUAUGUUAAAACUUGAUCUGUUUGUUUCACCAAUUAAAAUCACAUUGCUUUAGGGUUGACCAGUGUUAGUUUUAGUGUUUUUACCCUUACACAAAAUAAGAGCUAAUGGGGUGGCAUCCAAGUGAGUUAAAAGAACCAGCAUUUGAGUUAUCAGGGUAAAUUUCAGGGACUUUUUGAUCAAGGGAAAGGAAAUUUAGUUUGAGUUAGCAGGGAAUUUGAGUUAUCUGAGUUCGAGUUAACCGAGUUAAAAAGACUGGAAAUCCAAGGGGAAUUGGACUUAUCUCGAUUUAGCGGGGAGUUCGAGUUAUCGGGGUUCUACUGUAAUAACACUAAUAUGCCUAUANAGUUUUUCAUGCUGUUUUAGUGUUGUUUCAAUCCAUCUGUCUCAAUGUUGCUGUUAAUUCACACAACAAAGCUUUGUUAGUCAUCAUGGUGUCAAACCAGGUAGGUGCACUUGUUAGUAAUACAGUGGAACCCUGUUAAAUUGAACUGUGAAGGUAAACGAAAAACAGUUCAAGUUAGGGAGGGUUCGAGUUAUCAGGGUCCAUUGGAAAAUUCAAUUUGCUGAUGUUUAAAAUAGAUUGUUACUGAUUUUCAGCACUUUAGUGUAUGGUGCAGUACAAAUUUAAGGUAUUUCAUCAGAAACGGUAACAUGAUUAGGUAUUUUUUUAUGUUAAAACUUGAUCUGUUUGUUUCACCAAUUAAAAUCACAUUGCUUUAGGGUUGACCAGUGUUAGUUUUAGUGUUUUUACCCUUACACAAAAUAAGAGCUAAUGGGGUGGCAUCCAAGUGAGUUAAAAGAACCAGCAUUUGAGUUAUCAGGGUAAAUUUCAGGGACUUUUUGAUCAAGGGAAAGGAAAUUUAGUUUGAGUUAGCAGGGAAUUUGAGUUAUCUGAGUUCGAGUUAACCGAGUUAAAAAGACUGGAAAUCCAAGGGGAAUUGGACUUAUCUCGAUUUAGCGGGGAGUUCGAGUUAUCGGGGUUCUACUGUAAUAACACUAAUAUGCCUAUAUAGGCAUACAUUGGGCUCAGCUGUCAUGGUAUAAUAUUUUCCAUGCUUAGAGUCUGGCUUUUCCUCUCCCUUGAAAUAGAGAGGUAGAGGUGAAGAUGCAUUAUUUUGUAGUUCAAUUUCAAUGUAACUUUAAUAGCAUCCAUUGGAUUGAGUUUAGGUAUAAGAGGUUCAAAGAUGAAAGUUGUGCCAUCCAAAAUACAGGGUUGUGCCAUUUUAAGUUAGGCCUAGGUAAAACAUUGAACUUCACGUGGGAAGAGUUCCUAAUGCUUGUGAGUGAGAAAAAUAGAUUUUCCUCGUUAGCAUUAGAUUGACCACAUUGUGAAGGUCAAUGUUAUACUGGGCCUUUUUGUAUGACAUUCAAAACUCUUUUAAGCAACCACCCAAAAUGCAAAGGAGGUGGAGAUGGUUGGAGGUGGUCACUUUCUAGAAAUGGUCACACAUGGAGGUAUGACCCUAUCGUUGGUUAGCCAAGCCCAGAAUUUCACAUUCCCGUGAGCUGAUUUUAUACUAGCAUCAAUAUUAACCACACUGCUAAUGCACAGAGCACCUUUCACAACAGCAAUGAAGAAGUAGCCUGAAUAUCAGGCAUUUCCAGGCAAAUAGGAAAAAGAGAAGCCAAAGGGGAGGUAGUAAAGGAAGAAAUCUUUCUUCCCCCCUCCCCUGCUAAAAUCUCCUCUCCCCUAACCCCUAAGGAAGGUCUGGCUGAUACUCAAGCUACGAAGAAGCGGCCGCUUGGAGAGAGAGGGAGCUUACUGUAUAUUUUUUGUCCUCCUUAGUUUGUGGAACUAAAAGGAAGUGUUUUCAAGAAAUUUGAAAAGAACAACUUAUUCCAAAUGGCAUGCAGUGGUAUGUUGAAAUACGGUCGUUAUUUUUUAAGAAUUUUUAGUUGACUUGUAGAGAGAACUCUGGUUAAGUUUUGUUUUCUUUUUGCAGAUAUAAGAGAACGAUUUCACUAUUUGAUUUUAGUAACAAUUGUAACGCUUCGGAACUUGACAGAAUUUAACUGGAACCUUGGUAAGUUCAAAGAAUAGACAAUUUUUUUAAGUGAAAUGAAAAAGAAUACUGCAAAAGGAAAAACAGAAAAAAUCUUUACUUGCACAUGAUGGACGGCUCUUCGGGGACUAUUAGGGCGAUUUUUGUAUGACCUUGACAAAUGGUUUCAGUAAUUGUCCGUUAUUUGUUUUAUCAGCCAAUAGAUGAAAAGAUCAAAACAUGGCCUCUUAGUUUUCCCACCAAAGAAAACCCUAAUAUGGGGAAGGCAUUGUUUGACUGGCCAGUUGUGUUGCAGUAUGACGUCAAAGCGAAGUAUCGAUUGAUUUCUAGAAAGUUCUCGGGCAUGAAGUUUUUUUCACCUGAGCGUUCGCUUAACCAACCAAAGGCCACGCACGUUUGUAUCCGUUCGAUAAACCAAUCAAAUCGCUCUAUCUCCGUCUGUUUGUUGUUUCGGUUUUGUUCGCGCGUUUUCAUCUCAAGGUCACACGAAAAUCGCUCUAACCCUUUACAAGCCCAGUAUGUACAUACAAGUUCUCCAAACUGAUCUCCAUACAUUUCCGUGAAGAAUUAGAGGAGAUAGCUUGUUUAAAAAUCAAAGAAUUUUCCCAGAACCUUUUUUUAAAUUGUGUUUUGAUAUUGUGAUGACAAAAUUGAUGUUGGUCACUCUUUAGGUCCCAAAAGUGACCAACAUCAAUUUUCUCUUAACAAAAUCAGCAGAUCAUUAAGAGUAAAGGUUAUGAGAAUUACUCAAUUGAUUACCAAAAGGAGAAUGCGUUGAUCUUAAACCAAAUUCUCUCAACUGUUCUUAAAACAAAUGUAUAGAUCAGUAUAGAGAAUUUGUAUCUGGAUUUUGGGACUUAAAGGGUUAAAGGGCUAAAAGCUACAAAAUUGCAAAAAAAAUGGCAAUAACUGCUAAACCGGGAUAAAAAUUCAGUGUUGUAAUCCUAAAAACCAGAAAAUUCAUUCAAUGAUCUAAAUGGGGAAUCUCCAACUCUACUCUGGUUUUCAAAAGAAGUUAUAGAUAUUCUUGUAGACUGACUCAAAAUUUUCAGGAAGUGUAUUUUUUACGAAAGGACCAACACAGCAAAAUGGUACUCAGAGUCAAAUAUGAAAACCCAAAAACCUGAACGUCCACAAAGUGAAAUUUUAUAACCGAUUUCUGCUAGGACGCUAGAAUAGAGGAACCGAACUCGUAAAAUGGGCAGGAGUCGAUAGAGCCCUUGGCUGCAGAACGGGAGGUCGCGGGUACGAUUCCCGGGACCGGACCAAUACUCAGAGUCUUAAAAUAACUGAGAAAUGAAGGUACUCCCUUUGCAGUGCAAACGGCUAGACUUUCACGUGACUUGGAUGACCACGGAAAAUGGCGGUCCCGUCUCCAGUUGGAGACGUAAAAAUAGGUCCUUAAUUAGUACUUUCAUGGUAAAUAUAUUGACACUCAAAUAAAGUACUUUCUUUUCCAUUUGCCAAAACGAGACUCCUUGGCACCCUCUCUUGACAUUGAUCACAUUUUUGUCUUUACAGAGCAUCUUUAUGUGAUCUGCCCUUAUCUGGUUGCCGUUGUAUCGUCUGAAUAUUUUGUUGAUNAGAGCCCUUGGCUGCAGAACGGGAGGUCGCGGGUACGAUUCCCGGGACCGGACCAAUACUCAGAGUCUUAAAAUAACUGAGAAAUGAAGGUACUCCCUUUGCAGUGCAAACGGCUAGACUUUCACGUGACUUGGAUGACCACGGAAAAUGGCGGUCCCGUCUCCAGUUGGAGACGUAAAAAUAGGUCCUUAAUUAGUACUUUCAUGGUAAAUAUAUUGACACUCAAAUAAAGUACUUUCUUUUCCAUUUGCCAAAACGAGACUCCUUGGCACCCUCUCUUGACAUUGAUCACAUUUUUGUCUUUACAGAGCAUCUUUAUGUGAUCUGCCCUUAUCUGGUUGCCGUUGUAUCGUCUGAAUAUUUUGUUGAUUGGAUCAAACAUGCUUUUAUCACUAAAUUCAAUAACAUUCCUGUUGAGGUAAGUAUAUAUAUGCAUUCAUUUUAUCACUAAAAUGAAAGAAUUCAAAACAGUAGUAGCUUCUGUCCUGCAUGGGGGAGGUUAUGUUUCUUGUUCAUGUUUUAGGGUUUGGAAAGAAGGAUCCUGAUCCCGUAUUCCCGCUCCUUUGUUCACGAGAAUCCCGCCCCCCGAAAUUCUCUCGUCGUUAUCCUGAAUACCGUCGGUUUUCUUUCCCAACCCCGCAUCCGUCCAACUUUUGGCGAAUUCCACUUCCCGAGUAGCAAUCAAAUCUCGUAUUCCGCGCGUUUUUCCGAAUCCCACAAUGUAUUGUGCUCAAAUUUCGGAUUCCGGGAAUGACAUUCCAGACCCUGAUGUUUAUUACUCACCACCGACGGUAUUUUGCACAGAGUAGGCGACUGUUUUCAAAACAUUGUUUUUUAUUUGGCUAAAAUAUUGAAGGAUCAUUUGUUUCUGAGGCCAAAUAUUCGUCCCUGAAGCUGAGUUUAUUCAGACCUUAUUGUCUAAACAACAUUUCCUUAUAUCCAGAUUAUUUAGGCCUGAAACAUAUUUUUCUCGCGCGAUGUAAUGAGGGGACAUUUGCUUUCGUAAUGUCUUUUUUUUUUUGGUUUAGGCAGGACCCUUGAAAAAUUCACGAAUUUUACUACGUAGUUGAAUUUUGUUGUAGCCUCAGAAAACAGCCGACAUUCCGCGACGCCACCAUUGUCUCCCCGCGAAGUGACGUCUGAUGAUGCGUCACUACCCAUAUCUGACUAUUGCUUCUGAUUGGUCGUGGCGCAAUCAGAAGCUCUACCCAUGCGUCAUUAGUAUGGAAUUUCUCAGACGUCAUUUCCCAGAAAACCAGUGAUGGCAUCGCGAAAUGUCUGCUGUUUUCUCAGGCCAAUUUUGUCGCUGUUCAGGUGCCUCAGGUGCUGUAAUCAAAUUUCUGUUGUUAAUGAUCGAUUAAUUGUAAACAGCACUGGAUAUGUUCAUUCGUCUCUAGGUAUAUUAUGAAUACAGGACCCUGCUGGCUGAAGAUGCUACUUCAAGUCGACAAAAGAACGUGAGUAAAUAUGUCAGUCUUGAACAAAAACAAGUCAGGAAGAAUACACAUUAAAAUCAGUGAUUUAUUUGUACGUGCAGUUACCUCCUGAGGAUGCGUGAAGAGCUAUUAGAAGAGUUGCUAUGAAAGCGCUUCUCGAGUUUCUACGAGUUACUCUUAAGCUUACUCAAAAACCUGCUGUCUCGCGUUGGCUAUACUCCUCGUUUUCGCGAUCUCUUUUGUUUCUUUGGUUUUUUGCUAGACCAACAAUCGCUACCAGCAUUAGAAGCGAUAAAAAACUUCUCUAAUUGCCUUUUGGUUUCCCGAUUAUGUUGAUGCUAGCCUCCCACGCAGACGUUCUUUGAGCCUUGUCACGCGUUCCUUCCCCACGAAAGAAGGAGGAGGAUUGUAUGAUGGAGGUGAGGAUUGCGUGACGAGCCAAAAGAACAUCUGGGUGGGAGGCUAUGUUGAUGCGUAGUAAAAAAAACGGUAAUCAUCUUUGUAACGCACAUGUCGCGUUCUUUUCAUGAUUCUGUACCUGAUUGUGAUAAGAUGGGGUGGUUUAGCAGUUGUUAUAUUCACAGCAGUUGUUUUGUCUCACAGGCACAUGUUGACCAUUUUGAUCUUGUUUCUCGUCGGAUGGGCUUUAUUCCUCUUCCUUUGGGAUCCCUGGUGAGUUAGUCAUGAUUUGCAUUAUAUAUAAAAAACAGCGCUCUUCCUGUUGGGUUUCCCGCUGGCUUUCACGCAAUGAGUUAACGACCGCUCACGCAAAACACUACUGGCUUCGUUCUCUUUCGUUUUUCAGCCUCCGCCUUAACUUAACUUAACUUUAUCAACCGUUUUUUUUUUCAAAAAGUAGGCACAAAAUUAAUGAAAAAAAACUUGCACGAUGGAUGCUAAAGCCAGAGGCUUAUAUGUUCAAAGUUACAGAAAAAAACUGUGCAGGAAUCACAUUGCGUUCUUGUUCUGGACAUUUUCAACUUCCACUUAACUACAACGUUCACUUAACUGCUGCAUGGUGAUAUUUUCAGGUGAUAAAAGUAAUCGCGCAGUCCGUUAAGCUUCAUGGAGUAGCUGGAGUUUGUCUCUUUCUCAGCACUUUUGUUUUGUGAGUAUCACAUUUUUAACAUUUUUUAAAAGACUAUUUUUCUCGCCUGUUCAAGACAUCUUGCAAUUCGCGUUGUAAAGUUGUCCUAGAAUAGGCCUUUUGCAUUAGUUGUUCACGUGAUCAACUUUCUGUAAACACGAAAACAAUUCGCUUUUGAGAAAUUUUGUUAACACGAACUGAAAGAGCAUAUGAAAAUUAGGUAACCUGUAAAUUAAAUUUACAAGGAUUUGUGUGGAAAUCCACUCAAGCGUGACUGGGUGGCAAGAGUUGUUUUUCUCAUACAAAUCCUUCUAAUUUUCGGCGACCGUCGCAAUCGCUACUUUUGAUAUAUACGGCUGAAAAUUUACAGGCUGCUUAAUUUUAAUAUGCUUUUUUUUCCUGAUAGAAUUUUGCAAAAGCGAACUGUUUUCGUGUUUACAGAAAGUUGAUUACGUGAUCAACUAUUGGAAAAGGCCUGUUAAGGUCAAUCGCAAUCUCUCUGCGCCCUAGAGAUGUCAGGUAGCCGGCAAGCAGUCGGGUUAGGAGAUAAUUCACGUUCGGGGCCCGGGGAUCGAACGCGGAACCUCCCGCAUCUACCAACCGAGCAAAUCUUGCUGCUGCGUUUCUAGCCUGCGUAGCAGGCGCUAGGAAGUAAAUGAGCGCAAGAAAGAACCGGCGCGCGCGAGGGAGACACGCGAGGCGUGUCUCCUUCUCGCGCGCGUUUUUUCUUGCGCCCAUUUAUUUCCUAGCGCCUGCUACACAGGCUACUGCGUUUCCUAGGUAUUACAGUCGUAACAAAGAAAAAGAGGAUCUAAUAGGCCACUUCCGAGUUCCAAAUACUCUCACUUUCAAAAUUAGGCCAAGUACACAUAGUCCGGCGGCUUAGCUAGAGAAUUAUGCGAUUUUUGAUACAAGCACCAAACUUUGUACGAAUAGUUACAUUCCCAGGCAGGUCAUUUCCUAAUAUAGUGCCAAGUUAAACUUUCUAAUUCCACCUUGUUAGUAGCAAGUGAAAUUUUCAGACCCGAGACCCCCAGCGAAGUACUUUUUCUUGCUCUUUUUUUAGAUCGAAUGCACUUUACAUUUCAAAAUACAGGUACAACAACUAUUUUAAACAUGGAUUCGAAUUGUUAUUUUCUUCCCUUCGUGAUUAUUGUUGGGUACUGUAAGGUUCUCGCUUGGCUAGUUAACGAACGGACCGAGACUCUGUUCUUCUGCUUGUGACUUUUAUUCUUCUCGGCGUUUAACAGCUACAACUCUUCUUCUACUACUAGCAAGCCCAUCACCAGCGAAUUAAAUAACCAAAUUGCAUGUAGACGUGUUUGGGUUAGCUGACCAUAUGAGACUGUUCCAUUGCAUAUCCUGUCGCUUAACUUUUAAACAACAGAAUAGUCUACACUGUCGCAAUUAACAAGUACCAAAGAACCAAUUGAAUGCUAGCGGUAGAACUUCUCGGUACGACCAAGCAUACAAAACAGGAACUUCAGUGGAGGUAAAACUCAAGGUCAGCUAUAAUCCCCGAACAUGCUUACUCAAAGAACUUCAGUAAGUUUAACAAAUCCUUUUGAUAGAGUAUUAGACGAUACUUUUCAAAACUCAGGAACUAACCGUGUGGGCUAUACAUUGAAUUUCCUUGGACUAUGAACGGUUUAUUAAGAAACUAGCACGUACUACUAACCAUUCGGAUACUCUAAACAUAAGAAGAACCUUAAAAAUACCAAAACUCCAAAACAAAACUAACAGCAACUACUUCAUAACAUUCCUCCCCGCUUAAAUUGCAUGAACAUUGUCCUCCAUGUGGACGGUAGGAAGAAUUAAUACAUCACCUUUACGAACUUAUUUUAAUUAAUAAGUAUAGUGAAACUAAACAAUGUUAAAAAAAACUACGCAGCGAAACAUACAGAGUUCAUGGCAUCUCCUCUACUGCCAUUUUACUGGUGUGAGUAUGCGUUACAACGUAGUCGUAUGCACUUUCUAGAAAACGUGGUCCGCAGUGACAGCUUCUCAUGGUUUUGAGAAAGUCCUUGUUUUUCUUGAAACAAUCAAUGCAGACAAGGUGAUCACAGCGCAAAACAGUCCAGUCAAACACUGCUGCACUUUUCAUUUUAAAACAGAAAAUACAAAUCCACUUUGCUAUAAAUUGAAUUUGGCGUUCAGGAUCCAUAUUUCCUACAAGCAAAAACAGAAAAGAAUCACAACAAUAACCAAAACUAUAAUGGUACAGGAUAUAGGUCAAUUUGGUUGAAACUCGUUCAAACGAUUAUUGACUAACUGCUGAAAAUUGACUGCGCUUAGGUCCCCCAAAAUAAAGAUAUCUUCAUACUCGUGUGACGCGAAAGAUAUAAGGUGCCGAGCCAAAAAAAAAAGGUAACCGGAUGUUUUCAAAGCAAAAAAACACUUCACAGAAUUGAUUUCUGCAAACGAACGACAAAAAUUGUGCGGAAAGGUUGCACGAAAUAUGUCGCUGAUAAAGCGCUCGUUUACCAUGAAAUAAGUACAAAGACGAACAAACUCGACAACAUUGUCCACUACCCAAAUCAGAGACCGACCAAAACCAGAAAAUAACCCUAGAAACAAAUCAAUAGAUUGCAACGAGAAAGAGCGACGAAUGAGUUACUAAAGGUAAAUUUAUCAGUACUAGAUUCGGGGAUAAAUUUUUUGGAAUCUUCACGCGACCCGGUUAGACUAGUUUCUGGCUUUCCAAUUUUCGCGUGUCAUGCCCCAUUAAUCACGAGUUAACUACCUUAAGUGACGGGGAAUAGGAACACCAAAAAAGAAAGAAUUCAACUUCAUAUCCUUCUUUUCAUCAACACAGUCAGAACGUCAGCUCUGCUGAAAGCAUUUUAUCAGUCCGAGAAACCAUGUUGAUUACUUGUAGAAAGCAAUUUCGCCCCUCUAUUGAUGGUCAGCCACUAGCAUUUCCAAUAGAUAGGGGUGUUCUUCCGCCUAACUCGUUCCAGGCACCUCGUUUUACAAAACUCCUUUGUUCACGUUUUUUCAACAUUGCAAACUGACCAUGCACAUUUAAAACUCGAUUCAACGCUCCGGCUGCCAAUUACUCUUCAAAACACAUUUGGCACAAGUCUUUCAUAAACUUUAUAAAUGCUGGAUACAUCCUUCACAUAAAGUAGAAGAAUUUCUAUAAUGAAGGAGUCAAAUGAAAAUAACUUUUAAAGAUUUUCUUUGGUGGGCUUUAAAUAGUAUUUUCUUCAAAACACAUUUUUACAAAACGGAGAAAUUAGUGCGAGGUUGUCGUUAUGUAAUUUGUCUCAGGCAUUAACAUUCCGAAAGUUCCUCUAUCACAACCGUACAAUUUUGGGACUUGGACUAAAACCAACAAGCUAAAAUAAUUUUAAAUUGAGCCCAAAUGACUCUGACGAUCAAAAACCAAAAAGAACGAAAUCAAUGUAAAAUAUUAUGUAACUAAAAUUUAGGCUUGCAAUGGUCAUACCAGACGCACGAGGAAGAGCUUGCAAAGAAUCGUCCACUUAAAGCUGGCAUUUUUCUUCUGUGUAUUCACCAAAAUAAGAGGAUUUUCCACCAAAAUAUGUGGGGUUACACGCUCGCUACACUCGAUGAGGUUCCAGGAAUCUAAUUUACAUCUUGAUCUUUAUUCUUCUUUGACUUCUGCUAACAAUUUUAAUCGUAAUCUUGUUACUUUCUGCUCUACUCAAUCUUUACUUACUUCUAACUAACUAGUUCAAGUAUAGUAGCGGUUUUUAUAGCCAAAGCUUGACAUGUUUGGGUUAGCUGACUGUGGGAAUAAAAUCAAGGUGAACUCGGUGUGGGUGAUGUUUUGGUACUUCUGAACCUACAUGGUUGCGAUCGGCAAGAAGCUACAAACCAAUGAAAAACUAAGACGCUUGUUAACAAACCCAAACAGGAACUUCAACGAGACUAAUGAACCAAGGUCAGCUCUAACAUCACCAACGCGACCGCCUAAGAAAAACUAACAUCUGAUAAUGCCAAGCGAAGAAUAUUCCUGAAAUAGCAUUAAGUAAACUAGCAAAAAGAUCAAAACAGGAAACACUUUUGUGGAUAAAUCAAGGCUAACCUUGACCCACCUAAUGAAAUAAAAACGAAACUUAAAAGAUGAGACAGAUCUUAAAAUAACUUUCAAAAUACUUCACAACAACAUAUAUGCAACUCGUAAUUUUGAAUUUAUCUGCACACGCUUUUUCUCUUUUUUCUCUUGGUUCGGAUGGUGAAAGCUUGCGCUGUCUCAUUCUAAAUGUGCAUGCGACUGGGUACAGCCAACACCAAUCUUGACCGAAAUGUUAAUUUAAAACGAAAAAGACAGUGUGAAAUAUGACGAUUUUCCUGACCAAAGUCAAUCGUUUCGCUUUUUUGCUCGCUCGAGCAAUUGUUGCAGAUUACGCGCGGCACCAAAACAAACUGAACGUAAUCAUUGAAGCACAUCAGUUUUAUACAGUCGUUGUAGUUUAAGGUUUAAUGGCGUGCGAUAAACAAGACGUACAUGGUAAACAGGGCUGGGAUCACUGACUGAAAUGAUACGAUGUUUUUAUAAACAAGGACAAAUGAAUGACGUAAUUUCGGCUUGGCACUAUGUCUGAAAAUGCUUGUAUUGGUGACUACUAUCAGUAUGCCAAAUUCCAUGCCUGUAUCUAAAAGUGCACAAUUCACCUGAAAUUUCGAGCCAUGCUGCCGGACUAACAACCUUUCUUGUGAAAAUGUAUGUUAUUACCCUGCGAGCAGAGUCUCCUUCGAUCUUCCCGACUUAUCUAGGAAGAUCGAAGGAGACUCUGCUGGCAGGGUAGAAUGUUAUUUGCAUGAGAAUGAAAAAUUAUUUCCACAUCAAAGGCUGAGCACCUAACCUCUUUUUGAUGCAGAGGCCAGGUAGGACUCAGAAAUGGCCUAUUGAUGACAAAUUCGCGACUGGAAAAUGGGUCGAGUUAGCUUUUGCGUGCGCAUGCGUACAACGACUUCUCACGGAUCGUUCCUGGGGACGCGCCGCUCUAAGCGCCGCUCAGCUAUUGGGCCCAGUAACAGUCCCACAACUCUUUGCAAAAGUUAAAUCUUCUCGUUUGCGUAUGAAAAAUUUGGGGGGUAAAGAAGGUGAAUUAUAGAAGAUGUGCAAAUAGCGGAUGUGCCAACACACCACAUGUUUACUAACUCACUAAAAUUGUUUUUUCUCUUGUUGAAGCCUUACGUCGGUGAAAGUGUUAAACAGCAUCAUAUUUCUUGGGAAAGCUACUCAAUACGUCAAAGAAGAAAAGAAUCAAGAAUUUGUCAAGGGUCAUCAGAGUAGCCAAGUCCCCUCGAGAACUCUCGAGGCCCAGGUCUCCGCGACUUUGUUGGACUCUGCGCAGUGUUCGAGUAUUUCAUUGGUUGACGAGAAGAGGAAAACGGGAAAAACUGCGGAAAACAACAAGAAGGCAAAACCACACGAAAAAACACUUGCGGAGAUAGAUAGAUACACGCUUUGCAAUAAAGAAAUCGUGGUGUUUUAACAACUCACGUAACGUUCUUCACUUGAUUGUGAAAUAAAAAGUUUAGUCCUGAAUUCAAAAUAAAAGUUAAUCUUUAUUUAAGGCAAAGGGGACAGUAAGACGAAGCGGGAGGGGUUUAAAAAACCCAGCUAACUGC